GUCCCCAAAGUCCAAAAUCAAUGAAAUCCAAAAGGAAACCGAGGGAUUUCCCGCGCGGCCCAGCGGGUGAGACUCAGCGCUCCCGCGGCAGGCGGCGUGGUGUCCUUCCGCCGUCUGGGAACUGAGACCGCACCUGCCUCCCUGCUUGGCCAAAAACAGAACAACAACAAAAAUACACAGAACCUGUCGCUAAAUCACUAUGGAGGCCUCUUUAGCAAAUCGUGGUUCUCCUGAGCGAGUUUCCGUGGGCAAUCGAAUCCCUGUGAUUAAGUAAAGAGGGAUUAUCUAGAACGUUUCGCCCCGCCCUCACCGAAUCCAUGCGCCGAUCGGGUAACAGGCCGAGAGGGCCGGCGUUUCUCCAGCGCGAAAGAGAGACGUGUCUCCGCCAGCCGAGUUUGAGAGCGAGUCCCCAACUGAGGAGGACCGAGGCGAGAAGGCUUCAAGGAGGUAAUUGAUGGGAAGUGUCUAAAGAGAACGCUAGAGAGUCAGGGCCCGUGGAAGUGGGUUUCAGUAAGUCCUGGCUUUCUGUUCCCCUUGCAUUCGCUCAGAGACCGUGUGAAAUCCACCGAUCUCCUCCGGCCACACAUAAACCGUGGUUCAUUUGUGGAAUCUUCUGUGAGAUGAGAUUGUUUCCACACUCCAUGGUGUCGUGUGGGGUGGUUCAUUUUUCCAACAAGGGCUUUUAAGCACCGCCCUGUGGACAGUUGUGACCACACAGUUUCUUGUAGUAUAAGAUGGAUGUUGGAGGAGUAAGAGAAUGGAUUCUUGUCCCUGGUGUGAAAUUCUGAGGGGGGAAUACUGCCCAGUAUUGGGAUGAGGGAUGGUAGGGUGGAUGAAAAUAAAACUAAUUGGCUGCAUUCUUUUUUCUUUUUUGCCCCCUAUUUCUGAACACUGAAUCUAUUCCUGAGGAAAAGCAAGAGGAAAUUCCUUUCGAUCGGGGUCAGUUGGGCACCGACUUCUAGAAGCAUUUGCCCAGAGUCCUACUGAAAAGCUCUACAGUCGGUAUGGCUGAGAACCAGACAAGGGGUCGUGGCCCCGUCGCGGACAGCCCCGGAGCAGAGUCGCCGGCGUCUGCGCCAGGCCAAGACACCCGAAGGGAAAACCGCGACUCAGACCUGGAAGAGUUGCGCGUUCGCUUCAGAACGUUUAUCAGCUCGGACGAAUCCGACCCCAUGAAGGCUCUGAGGAGGCUCCGUGAACUCUGCGGGCUGUGGCUGAGGCCGGAUCUUCACACCAAGGAGGAGAUGGUGCUGGAGCAGUUCGUGAUGUGCGUGCCGCCUGAGAUCCAGGUCUUAGUCAAAAGUAGUGGUGCCGAGACUUGUAAGCAUCUGGAGGAGGUGCUGAGAAAGAAGCAGAAACUGACGAAAUGGGCUGUAGUGCGUGUCCAAGGCGAGGAUGUUUUGAUGCCCGUCUCGGGUGUUGAGAUGUUAGGAUCUGAGGUCAGUGAGGGGCACAGUGAGGGAGACCGAGCCAGGGAGCCCCAGCCUACAGUCAGUGUCAUCCCUCCAGACGAGGGCCAGCAGGAAAGCCAAGACGGGCAGCAUCUGCCAGGAGCCAAGGACCUGUCGAGGGGGCAGGACCAGAAAGCUCUCCCGCCAGAGACCAUUCCUGAAACAGGUGAACUGGAGGGUCAGACGCCCUCCAAGGAGAACUUGGAGAAGGACCUGUGGGAAGACACAGGAGUGACAAGAACCCUUUCGUCUCAAGAGCCUGAACUUCUGCAGAAUCGUGAGAGAGAUGUUUUCACUCCGAGUGGAUCCAGACGAGGUCCUCUGAAGAAUCGCAGACAUGUGAAAAGGAAGCGGGAGAGCAGUCCCACUUGCCAAGACGUGGGUCAAGAGGCAGCCACGUGUUUGGACCAAGGAGAGUUCUCAGGACAGCUUGGGUCCCAUUCCUUUGGUGCAUUUGGCACCAUGCGACCCACCAGUCUUCCUGAGGGAGCAGAAACCCCGGGACGGGCACCCUCUGAAUGCAAGGUGUGCAAAAAGAGCUUUCCUUGUCAAUCUCAGCUUACCCUGCACCAGAGGACACACACAGGAGAGAGGCCCUUUCAAUGUGACGUCUGUGCCAAAGGGUUCAUACAGCCUUCAGACCUGCGGGUUCACCAGCGGAUCCACACUGGUGAGAAGCCCUACAGCUGUGGUAUCUGCCUCAAGAAGUUCGCCCACAACUCCACGCUGCGCGCUCACAAGAGGACCCACACCCAGGAGAAGCCUUUCCGCUGUGAGCAGUGUGACAGAGCUUUCGGCCACCGAGGGAACCUCAACGUUCACCUACGCACCCACUCUGGGCUCAAGCCCUACGUGUGCCCCGAGUGUCACAGAGCCUUCCGUCAGCUGGGGACUUUCAAACGCCACCGGAAAAUCCAUUCCAGAUGACUGGCUCAGGACCCUGCCCUCAGGUCCAGGUCUUUUCUGUUUUAAUGAGAAAAUUGAGAAUGAUUUGUCACCUGUGUGAUACAAAGUGGGAUGACAGGGGAAGGGCUUAGGAGGAUCGUGGAACCCAGUGGGGUUCCACUCACGUAAAUUAGGAUAUUUGUGUGAAUUAGGAUACUUGAGUGAUGACAUUUUUCCCUUUGGAUUUUGUUUUCUACUUUGCUAUAGACUAUAGUUUUCUUUUUCAUUUGUGUAUUUUCAAUUGGAGGAGAAUUGCCUUACGAUGUUAGACUCUGGUUUUCUUACAUGUUUUCGCUUUGUGUUGUUCUUUUUCUUCCAAUGAAGCUGUGUCUCACUGGUUAUCAGUACCUCAUCAUCAGAGUGAGGCUACUGCUGAUUGCCUUCUUGUCAGGUGUGAUUUCCUUUUAAAAUAGGAUGCUCCUAGCAGGAUGGCUAGAUUAAAUACAGGAUCACCAGUGAAAUUUAAAUUUCAAAUAAACAAACACAUUUUGA